GGUCUUCUCUACAAUCCUAGAUUCCUUUUUGAAACUAUUCAAAGAAACACGAUAAAUUACGCGAAUAAGCGAUUGAAUAUUCGACGAGAUAUUUAACCCUGUCAGAUAGUAUUUUUCGACUUGAUAAUACAAAAUGUCUUUCUACGACAAUCACUAUUAUUACAUCAAUAAAAUGUUACUAUCUCUCGUCGGCCAAUGGCCGUUUCAAUCUCGAAUGGAGAGUAACGUAAUGCUUGUUAUAACAUUGUUUCUCAGUUGUAGUUUCACGUCCUUGCAGAUUUGGGGUUUGAUAGCUGGAAUAAGGGACUUAAAUAUUAUCAUGGAGACUGCUUCACCAUUAUUUAUAAGCAUUCUCGUUUUGUUGAAGCUAAUUAAUUGUUUAUGUAAUAAGGAUAAAAUGAAACAUCUUUUAAAACGUAUCGAAGAGACCUGGAAAAGGAUACAAAUAGGACCAGAGAAUAAAAUAUUGCAAAAUCAUGCAGAACAAAACAGAACGUUAAUAAUAAAAUAUGCAUCUACAUUAUAUAUCCUGAGUACCCUUUAUUCUACAAUGCCCGUCGUCGUUAAAACACUGCACUCGCUUUUACCUACGAAUGAAACUUACGCGACCAGGUUUCUAUUUCGCUUGGAUCAUGUUCUCGACGUGGACAAGUACUUCAAUCUACUGAUGCUUAAUGGAAUCCUCGGUAUAUUCUUCUUAAUGUCGGUGUGGAUAGCUGCCGAUGGUAUGUUCAUACUUUGCACUCAGCAUGUCUGCGCAUUAUUCGAGGCUGUACAGUACAAUGUGAAGCGCAUACAAGGCUCGGAUUUUGUUAUAGACGAGCCGAAUAUAAUGGACGAUGAAGCGUAUCACGUUAUAAUUAGUUGUAUCAAAUCAUACGAAUAUGCAUUAAAAUUUUCCGAGCUGCUCUCAUCCACCUACGCAACACAUUUCCUUUUUUUGCUAGGAAAUGUAGUUGUAGCCGUAAGCUUCAGCGUAGCUGAGUUGAUAAUGAUGGAUAUUCCGUUGGAUGAAACUGUCAGACUCACCGCUUGUAAUAUCGGAUUACUCUUACAUAUAUUUUAUUUAAGUUUGAUGGCUCAACAAAUAAUCGAUUAUAGCGACAAAUUUCAAGAAGUAAUUUACAGCUGCAACUGGUACAAGAUUUCACAGAGAUCCAAAAAACUAUUGAGGUUUACAUUAUUGCGAGCUUCUAAACCGUGUCAAAUAAAAGCUGGCAAAAUGUUCGUAAUGUCAAUGGAAAAUUUCAGCUCGAUCAUACGAGCCUGCAUGUCUUAUGUCGCGGUGCUCACGUCAUUGCAAUAAUAAUUGUAUA